UCUUUCUCCGUUUUGGUGUUGCUCUUCAUCUUCCUCUGCCAUCCAUAUCGGUCUCUUCACACAAACUCUGUCCAAAACCACCGCUUAACGCUCCUUAUCUCUUCCAAAUCUUAUCCAAAUCCUCCAUUGAUUCUUCUUCACUCUUUUCCUCCGCACCCCACAAGCCAAAAACCAAUCUUUUUCACUCACAAACAUGAAGCUAAUCUUGAUUCAAAAUGCUCAAUAUCAAUUCUCAUCGCUUCUGUUUACUCAAAGAUGGAUUCUUUUCCAUUUCUAAGCUCCACUGGUUCAUCUCUUUCAAUCCCAUUUUCAUUGCAAUCUGAUAUUGAAACCAAUCUUUUUUUUUUUUCGUUUUUUCUAGUGUUUUUUUCUGUGUGAAAAAGACUGAGACUUUUCAAAAGGGUUGGUCGGAAAUGAUGUCUGCUAACGACCCAGUUGAGAGUUUCUUCAAUUCCAUUCAAGGGAUGAAGGAUUCGCUGUCGCCUUUGGAAGUGGGUUUUCGUAAGGCGGCGAAGGAUCUUGAGCAUUGUUUGUUGGCAGGGGUGAAGAACAAGGGGAAUGGUGUUUGUUUGAUUGCUCAGGUGAGAGAUGGUGGUGAGUUUCAGAUCUGUGAUGUCAAGAAGCAGAAGAAAGGGUUGUCUAUGAAGGUUUCUUUCAAGGCUUUCUUUGGUAUGUUUUCACAGAAUAGAGCAGCUGAAGUGUGUGAGGAUGAUGUGUCUUCUUGUAGUAAUUGCUUGCAGUUUGCUGUUACAUGGUCUAUGUUGGUUAAUGGGUUUCUUCAGUCUUUGCCACAUCCUUUCAAAUCUGGGAGGAAGAGGUUUCAGAAAGUGGGGGAUGAAGAUAAGUUGUGUUCAUGCAUGAAGCCUAGUGUUUCAUCAUGUGAGUUGAAGCAUAAUGAGUCCAAGGGUCAGUUUGUUAGGACAGUUAGGGAGAAGGUUGUGAGAAAGAAGGAUGGAAAGCAUGUUUCACCUGAAUUCCUUAUUGGCUUUGUCUUUGAUAAUUUGUCUCAUGCUCUUCAGAGUCUUGAUAAUGGGGUGCAAGUAAAUGACCUUGGCUGUGAGAAGCCUUGUUCAACUCAUUCUGGUCAUGUGAAUGCAUUCACAAGUUUCUUGGAAGGGCAUAGAGUAGAUGUUAGUAGGUUCUUGGGGAAUUUAAAUUUUGCAAAGGUGGGUGGUGUGCCAUCAAGUGCAACUAAAGAAGAAAGCGCUCUACCAAAUGAGGGGGGAGAUAAUAGUGGUAAUGGUGAAAAUAAGGAAGACAAUAAGGGAGGAAUUUCUCCACAGAAGGUUGCCUCUAACAUAUUCAGUAUUCCUUUGUCAAAUGUGGAACGUCUAAAGACUACAAUUUCCACGGUCUCAUUCACAGAAUUGGUUGAGAUGCUACCGCAGCUGGGGAAAACUUCUAAAGACCAUCCUGAUAAGAAGAAACUAUUCUCUGUUCAAGAUUUCUUUAGAUACACAGAGGCUGAAGGAAAGAGGUUCUUUGAGGAGCUGGAUAGAGAUGGGGAUGGCCAAGUAACUCUGGAAGAUUUAGAAAUGGCAAUGCGACAGAGAAAGCUGCCACGAAGAUAUGCUAAAGAAUUUAUGAGCCGUACUAAAAGUCACUUAUUUUCUAGGUCAUUUGGCUGGAGACAAUUUUUAUCAUUAAUGGAACAGAAGGAGCCAACUAUUCUUCGUGCAUAUACUUCACUGUGUCUAAGCAAGUCAGGGACUCUGAAGAAGAGUGAAAUAUUGGAAUCACUUAAGAACGCAGGAUUGCCUUCAAAUGAAGACAAUGCUGUUGCUAUGAUGCGAUUUCUGAAUGCAGACACAGAAGAGUCUAUUUCAUAUGGGCAUUUCCGCAAUUUCAUGCUUCUGCUUCCCUCAGAUCGUCUUCAAGAGGAUCCUAGGAGUAUUUGGUUUGAAGCUGCGACUGUAGUUGCCGUUCCACCACCUGUUGAAUUUCCUGCUGGAAGUGUUCUAAGAUCUGCAUUGGCAGGUGGUCUUGCUUGUGCCCUAUCUUGUGCAUUACUUCAUCCAGUUGAUUCAAUCAAGACUCGAGUACAAGCAUCAACCAUGUCCUUUCCUGAAAUAAUUUCUAAGCUGCCACAGAUUGGGGUACGAGGUUUAUACAGGGGGUCAAUCCCUGCAAUUCUUGGACAGUUUUCAAGCCAUGGCUUGCGAACUGGGAUAUUUGAAGCGAGUAAAUUGGUGAUGAUAAAUGUUGCCCCGACACUACCAGAACUUCAGGUACAAUCCGUGGCAUCAUUCUGUAGCACGUUUUUGGGAACAGCUGUGCGGAUUCCCUGUGAGGUGUUAAAGCAGAGGUUACAGGCUGGUAUUUUUAACAAUGUCGGCGAGGCUUUGGUCGGUACUUGGGAGCAGGAUGGUGUUAAGGGUUUCUUUCGUGGAACUGGAGCUACCCUUUGUCGCGAGGUUCCGUUUUAUGUUGCUGGCAUGGGGCUUUAUGCUGAAUCUAAGAAGGGUGUGCAAAAACUGCUGGGACGGGAACUGGAGGCCUGGGAAACAAUUGCGGUUGGAGCUUUAUCCGGCGGCCUGGCGGCUGUUGUGACGACACCAUUUGAUGUCAUGAAAACUAGAAUGAUGACUGCGCAGGGUCGGUCGGUGCCGAUGACCAUGAUAGCUAUCUCUAUACUCCGGCGUGAGGGACCCCUUGGUUUGUUUAAAGGGGCUGUGCCAAGGUUCUUUUGGAUUGCUCCUCUUGGUGCGAUGAACUUUGCAGGUUAUGAGUUAGCAAGGAAGGCCAUGAAUAAAAAUGAGGAGGCUAAGACUGUCAGUUCAGAGUAAUGUUGUUUCAUACAGCAAGCAAACUAAAUCCUAGUCUUAACUGAAUUUUUGAGUUUCUAGCAGCAAUCAAUGAGUAAGGCCAUUGAUAAAUGCGGCUCUGAAAUACACAUUUUGUUUCAUUUGUUCAUUUUCUACUUUCUGAGUCUGCCAUUUGUAGCAGCAGAGUACAAAAAAUAUGUUCUACUUGCACACUAAAAAGGUUCAAUUUGUUCAUCUGAUGUACAGAUUUUAAUCUUUUGCAUCAUUCAGCUCUAAUCUUUCUCUUUUCUUGGUUCA